AUGAGAUUUUGGUUCAUUUUAGCUUUUCCUCUGUUGCUCACGGCAAACGCAACGAAUGGAACGAAAAGUACCGAUGGCAAAUCAUUUGUCUGCAACCAGUACAACGGACAUAACGCUGAAACAAACCAAGCAAUCAAGAAAAUCGACAAAAAACUGGAUCAGAUAAUUGAAAUGCUACAGCCUUCUCCUAAUACCGGUAAGAAAUUCUUUGAACAGCGUUUUGUGAUGAAUUCAUUAUGAAAUAGUUCGAGACUUCAGGAGUGAUUAACCUGAAUGCAAACCAUGAAAAAAUAUCUCAUAUCUCAAAGUGUUUCUUACAGAAUGGUGUGGAAAGUCUUCUUUUUACAAAUAACACGCUUCAUAUUCUUUUAUUUUUGGUCCCACAGCCUCAACGUGCAAGGAAAUCUACACCAAGAACUUGUAAGUAUAUACGUCUACAAACAGUUAUAACAAAGACUUCCAAAAAAAACGAAUUGGUUCCAGAAUAAAUGUUCGUAUCGGUAAAUUUAUGUAACUAAGGUAAAGGCAAUCUAAAGAAUGCUUAAAUUCUAUGGAAAAUUGUUAUUGUGGGUUUCAUUUGAAGUAGGCAAAUAUUGCAGCGCUAAAAGCCCUUAAAACACUAAACCUUGAACUGAUUUAGAUUUGAUCUUAAAAAAAGACUGGCUUUUAAGGCCACCAACGGAAAACACAGAGAACUGCUUCUGAAUAUUCUUCAGUAUUUUUGAAAAUAAAAAGAGAUAAUUGGUGUCCUAAUGAUUACAAAUAAACUAAAAUACCGAUAAGAAAAUGGUAAGAAAAUAAUAAGAAUUAAAAAGAAUCAAAAUUAAAUAGAAAACUAAGACAAUUUACUAAACACUCAAGCUGGAAGGAUAGUUAAUGAAUCAAUAACUUGAGAGGAUUGAACAGUAAUGAUAUAUAUGAUAUAUAUGGUGGUAAAGAAGAGUCCUUCUUAUCGACAAAGUCAGUAAUAACAACACUACUCGAUAUUUUUAUAAGAUUAUUCAAUUUCGACCAAACAUUGCUUAUCUGAUAAGACAGAUUUCUUUAACGAGAAUUCUGAUUUUCCAUGGCGUCCUAACUUUAACAGAAACAAACAAACAAACUGGGAGUAAUCAAUAAAGUGGUAUGUUUUAACAGGUCCAGUGAAAAUAAAGCGUAUUUGCUUGAUGUUGGAUCUGCAAAGAUUCCCGUAUACUGUCACAUGACCAAGCAUGGGCUUGAU